AUGUCGAUCCAAUCCCUAGUUAGCGAGGUUAAAAAUGAGAUUUUGUGCUCCGGCGAUUAUGAUAAUAUGGUACAUGAAUUUGUAUCUCAUUGUUUUGCUUACGACAUGGCUUGGCUGGCGAUGAUUCCCGACAGGGAAAAUAGAAAUGGUCCAAUGUUCAAGAGUUGCCUGAAUUGGAUUGUCGAGAACCAGAAAGAGGGAGGGUUUUGGGGGCAAAUUGAACAAGACGAUAACCUCCCCUCCGUCGAUGCUUUGCCUGCAACUCUUGCUUGCUUAGUGGACGCAAUCUUGAAAAAUAACUACCAAAACCUCCCACGUGAAUUUAUUCUAUCCUUUCCCGCCAUGAUUGAAUUGUCGAUCGAGGCAGGUCUUCAUCUUGUGUUCUCUCCUAGAGCAAGUGACAUGGUAACCAACAUUUUCAUCAACCGACAUCAUAUUUUGGAAACGGAACUACUAAAGAUGAACAAAUCCGGUUACUACAAUCCUCCAUUACUAGAACAUUUGGAGACAUUGCCGUCCAAGUACUACUUUGAUCGACCCGAAAUCGUUGAACAAUAUUUGAGCCACGACGGGUCAAUGUUUCAGUCACCGUCAGCCACGGCUCGAGCAUUUAUGAUAACUGGGAACCUUGAUUGCAUGAUAUAUCUUGAAUCUCUCAUUCGAAACUUUACCAACGGAGUAUCCUCAAAAUACCCUAUGGAUGGAGACCUACUUAAGCUAUGCAUUGUAGACCAUUUACAAGGAUUGGGUCUAGCUGAGCACUUUGGUGAAGAUAUUGAGAAAAUCCUUGCCCAAAUUUAUAGUAAUCAAAAGGAUUAUAAUAAUCCAGAUAGGACAGAGAUAGACAUGGUCCAUAAGUUAUUCAAAGAUGCAUUGGCUUUUCGGCUUCUGCGAAUGCAAGGGUAUUUGGUAACUCCAGGAAGCUUCUGCUGGUUUUUGCAUGAACCCGAAAUCAUGGCAUACAUUCAACAAAAUUCGGAAAGGUUCACUUGCGUAAUGUACAAUGUAUACAGAGCCACUGAUUUACAAUUUCCAAGAGAGGCUGAAAUGGAAGAAGCUAGAAAGUUUUCCAGAAAAUUACUCGAUAACAUAAGUACCACAUAUGGAAAUUCCAACUUAUUUUAUUCGAAAGGACUUCAGAAUAUGAUUAUGUACGAGUUGAACGUUCCCUGGACUGCUCGUCUCAACCAUCUUUAUCAUAGGAAGUGGAUUGAAGAAAAUAGAACUAGCCCUCUGUGCUUUGAGAUGCCUCCUUUCUACCGGUUAUCUGGCCCCAAGAACAAUAAGCUACUGCAGUUAGCAGUGGAAAACUAUGAAUUCCGACAACUGAUAUAUAGACGAGAGCUGGAGGAACUUAAAGGCUGGUCCAAGAAAUGGCUACUUAGCGAGAUGGGUUUUGGGAGGGAAAAGUCGGUGUAUACGUAUUUUGUAAUGGCUACUAGCAGUUGCUUUCCUUUCAAUUCAAACAUGCGAUUAGUUGCAGCAAAGGCCGCCAUAAUCGUCACUGUUGCCGAUGACUUUUACGAUAUGGAAGGUUCAUUGACUGAGUUGGAAACCUUGACCGACGCAAUUAGAAGAUGGGAUGGCAGAGGAUUAGAGGGGCAUGGCAAGACCAUAUUUGAUGCCCUUGAUGACUUUGUGAAUGAAUUCGCUACAUGUUCUUGCGGGCCUCAAGAAAGGACCAAAUUUGUGACGACAUUACGAUAUCUUAGAAGAUGGAGCUUGACCGGUUACAAACCGUCCAUGGACGAAUAUCUUUUAACCGGCAUGAUUUCAAUUGCAACUCACACGAUUGCUCUUCCAACCACAGAUUUCAUGACCCAAAACUCCACAAACGGAUCUUCCGACCCAAACCCAAAAUAUCACGGCAUCACGAAACUGCUCAUGUCCCUUUCCCGCUUAGCUAACGACACACAGAGCUAUGAAAAAGAAAAACUAGAUGGAAAGCUGAAUUACGUCUUGCUCCAUUCGGAGAAAAACCCUAGCACGAGUGUAGCUGAUUCAGUUGCCUACAUUAGAGGUAUUAUUCAGGAUAUAAGGAAGGAAUUCGUCGAGCACGUGUACAUGGAUAGGGAUGUUAAUGAGUCGUUCAGGAAAAUACAUUUGUGGAGCAUGAAAAUAUUUCAUAUGUUUUUUGAAUCCGCCAAUUUAUUCGACAGCGAUACUGCGCUUGUGGAUGAGAUACAGAGAGCCCUUUUUGUUCCAAUUGUUCAGAAACCGAAGCCCGAGCCUCUGUUAAGACCCCCUGUACCCUUCACCCCUAUAAAGAAUGUGAAGAAUAAAACCGAGAUUCUAGCUAGAUUUCGCCCUUUCACGAGACGUUCGGACAACAUAGGCUUCAUCAGACCAUCAUUUGUGAAGAAUUCAACUUCUUACGUUGGCAGGGAGAGGAUGAAUGUCAAUGUUCCAAUACAGUUUAGUUUGUAUUUUAUUUAAUAGUCAAAGGGUUCCUCUGGUUUGGGGGUAUCAUGUCGGGUGAUUUAUUUAAUUAAAAAAAAAGUGGAGAACAAUAAAAAAGAAAAAAAAAA